AAGAUAAGAGUUGUAUUUAGUUGGUCGUUCGGUUCCGAGGCGGCAAGACAUAAACAACCGGCCAGGCGUGUACUAAAGGCGAAAGGAUACCAUGAGACACAUCGCAUUUAUCCUUCUGCCCGUUUUAACGAUUCUUUCCCUCUGGCAGACGUCGAACGGUUCGAAGAACGUACCACCAAUCAUUUUCGUUCCAGGAGACGGAGGCAGCCAGCUAGAAGCCAAGCUGAAUAAGACAAGCACUGUGCAUUACAUAUGUCAAAAAACGACGCCAGAUUAUUUUAGCUUGUGGCUCAACAUCGAACUUCUUGUUCCUGUCGUGAUCGACUGUUUCAUUGAUAAUAUUAAACUAGUGUACAACAAUGAAACAAGAAAAACGACAAACCAACCUGGAGUCGAUAUAAGAGUGCCUAAUUUUGGAGAUCCUUUCUCGGUAGAAUGGCUGGACCCGACUAAGCUCUCGCCUGGUGCUUACUUCAAAGAUAUCGGAAACGCUCUUGUCGAGAUGGGCUAUGAGAGAAAUGUCAGUAUUAAAGGAGCGCCUUUUGACUUCAGGAAAGGACCGAGUGAGAGCUUGGAAUAUUUUGCCAAUCUAAAAAAACUUGUAGAAGAGACUUAUGACCAAAAUAACAAUACAAAGGUCAUUCUGUUAGUGCACAGCAUGGGAGGGCCGAUGAGUGUUCUGUUUUGUCAGAUGCAAACACAAGCUUGGAAAGACAAGUAUAUACGUGCCAUUGUUUCACUUUCAGGAGCUUUUGCUGGUGCUGUUAAAGCUUUAAAAGUUUUUGUUAUGGGUGAUGAUUUAGGAGUGUUUGUUUUAAACCAAAGUGUAUUGAAAGAGAUGCAGAUAACCCUGCCCAGCCUUGCCUGGCUCAUGCCAAAUCCUCUUUUCUGGAAACCAGAUGAAAUAUUAGUACACACGGCAUCUAAGAACUAUUCACUUUCUAACAUACGGGAGUUUUUUGAAGAUAUAGAUUAUAUGACAGCUUGGGAAAUGAGACAGGAUCAAGCUCCAUACAUAAAGUUUGACGCUCCUGGAGUAGAGAUUCAUUGCCUCCACGGAUAUGGUGUUCACACCCUUGAAAAGCUAAUGUACAAAGAGGGCAAGUUUCCUGAAAGUCCCUCUUUUAAAUAUGGAGACGGAGAUGGCACAGUGAACAAGAGAAGCCUUGAGUCGUGUACAUACUGGGCUGGCAGACAGAAACAGAAAGUUUUUCAUCGUAAAUUCUUGAGUGUUGACCAUAUGCAAAUACUGAGAGAAGGGCAAGUCCUCGAAUAUAUCUUAGGCCUUGUGAAAAAGAUACAAAGUGAGAGUUAAUAUUUUGUAAAUGAAAAUAUAAAAAAUUGUCAAAUUAUAUUCAAUGAACAUUAAUGAA